AUGCAUGAAGUAUGUGCCCUGUACACUCUUCGACCGAGCCACGAUGCUGCGCAGACAUCUCCUCUCUACGGCAUCGCGCAUCCGGCAUCGGCGAUCCCUCCUAACGCUCUCUGCGGUUGAGGGCCCGCUCGACCCGCCCCUCGUCACCACGACACUCCCCGCGUACUUCGCCUCAGACAUCCUGCGCAAAUACAGCGAGCGGCCGGGACUGAUAUGCCGAAACGAGGCGCCACGCGCGCACGGUGGGCCCCCGUCGCACAACAUGGGCAGGGCCGCGCACCUCGCGUGGUCCUUCGACGAGUUCGACCGGCACAUCAACGCACUGGCGCGCGGCCUGCUUCGGAUGGGCGUGAGACGGGGUGACCGGGUCGGCGUGAUCAUGGGCAACACCAGUGCGUAUGCGAUGCUCCAGUGGGCGUGCGCGAGCAUCGGUGCGAUCCUGGCGACGAUCAACCCGGCGUACCGCGCCCAGGAGCUCGGCGAUGUUCUGAACCUCGUGGGAGUGCAGCAUCUGAUCAUCGUCCCGCGGAUCCGGAAAUCGUCCUACGCGCAGAUGCUCGUCGACAAGUUCCCGCAACUGACAAGCUCGUCGGCGGGAUGUGCGUUGGAGGUGGAAAGCCUCCCUGCGCUGAGGAAUCUGGUUGUUGUCGAUAACUCGGGACAGUUCACUGACGAAGCGGAGAAACUAGGGCUGAGGAGUUGGAUCGACUGGCGGGAAGUCUUGGUCUGGGAUCCCGCCUCCCGGGAGGCACGGGUCCAGCGACAGCUGAUCGACUCGCUUGACAAGGACGAUAUCAUCAAUCUGCAGUUCACGAGUGGAACGACUGGCGCUCCUAAAGCCGUGUCGCUGACGCAUUCUAACCUUUUGAACAACGCCAUCUCGAUUGGGAGUUGCAUGCAUCUAACCGAGCAAGAUGUCGCAACGUCCCUCCUCUCUUCCACUGCUUUGAUGAGUGUCAAGUCACGGCUUGUCCUAGGCAAUCUCGCGGCCUGGACGCACGGCUCAUGCAUCGUCUAUCCUGCGGAGGUCUUCCACGCACCCUCGAUUGUGGACACCGUGAUCGAAGAACAGUGUACCGCGCUCCACGGUGUGCCGACGCACUUCCUGGGCGUCCUGUCCGAAGUGGAGAGGCGACAGGCGGACGGGGAGGACGUCAAGAUCCCCAGCCUCCGGUGUGUGCACAGACCUGAAGCCGGAAAUCCUAGUUCACCGGCAGGCAGAACCGGGAUCGCCGCGGGCUCGCCCAUUCCGAUCGAGCUCAUGAAGAAGCUCAUCGCGAAGAUGAAUCUCGUCGAUCUGACCAACGCAUACGGGAUGACGGAGACGAGCCCGGUCUCGUUCCAAACCACCUCCGGAGACGCGCUCGACAAACGCGUCGAGACCGUCGGGAAGGUGCAGCCCCAUGUCAGAGCGAAGCUCAUUGAUCCGGACGGCCGCGUCGUUCCUGUGGGCGCGCCGGGGGAGCUGUGCGUUGCGGGGUAUCUGCUGCAGAAAGGGUACUGGCGGGACGACGAACGGACGAAGGAGGUCAUGAAGACGGAUGAAGAGGGGACGCUGUGGAUGCAUACAGGGGACGAGGCCAUCAUGGACGAGGAAGGGUACCUCAGAAUUGUUGGUAGGAUGAAGGAUAUCAUCAUCCGCGGUGGAGAGGCUCACCGUCUCCGAAAGGCCAUCUUAACGAAUCACGGGGUGGAAGAGGCCGCUGUCGUCGCCGUUCCUGACGAGAAAUACGGUGAAGUCGUCGGGGCCUGGAUCGUCCGGGCGCGCGGAACGUCGACUUCCCGCGAAGAAAUCAAGGAGACCGUCGUAAAAUCCAUCAAUCCUCAGAACGCGCCUGCGUGGAUUUUCUUCGUGGGCGAGGACGGUGCUGAGUCGGAGCUUCCUAAAACGGCGAGUGGGAAGGUUCAGAAACAUGUUCUGCGCGAGUGGAGCAAGGAACUGGUGCGCGACAAUGUUGGGAGAAUCUAGACGCGUCGCGUGUGCUGCUGCUGGCAAGAUAGGCCUCGGAGGAUCAAGAUGCACAUAUAUACGAUAAUUAACAUGAGGAUACAACGCUUUUGUUUGGGUGCUACAAGAAUAGGAUACAACAGGCUUUUUGGAACAUUCUCCCUGCAUUCAUCCUUGCACAGUCGCGCGGGGAUGGCCGGGAGUGUCCAGGCCAGGGGAAAUUCAAGUUGCCGGUGCGGCCGUCUGAGACCUUGGCGGAUGGAAUGGCCGGCAGCGACUGCAUUCGUCAGCGAGAGCUCGCCGGCCAUCACAGGCGAUGAUGCGCGCGAGACGCUGUGCGUUUUGUCCCGGAUGCGUGAGAUGGGCGCCGCGCAGCCCGAGCAUCUCGACGCGUCAUCGCAUCCUGCGUCAAAACAGUCGUGACGCCGCCGCCGGCACUCAGUGCUUUACAGCCGCGGGAGGUGGACGCGACGAGCGUCCCCUCGGCAGUAGCCAUCGGGAGGAGGAAGGCGACGCCGUCAGUCGUGAGCGGGCCGGCGAUCCCGAGCAGUAUCGGGACGUACCCGACGACGUUCCCGCAGCAGGCGCCGUGGACUUUGCCGUAGUCGUAGUUAUGGAACGGCAACCCUGACGCUCUACAGUAUACUAUAUAGGGAAUAAUCGAUGAUGCAUUGGAA